AUGCAAUUCGCAGAAGUCAAGCCUUCUGAUAUUGCAAUCAAUCAUCAUUACCUCCAAUCCCAAGAGAUGAACAAGAUCUUCCAGCAGGUUCUGGUCCCGUUGACCGCACUCACCACUCCCCUUCAAUCAUGGGGGAUUUGGGGUAGCGCCAACCAAGUCAGUACUCCGGAGAUGGUAUGCGGUGCAGCAAAUUAUACCACCGAAAUCGUCUCCCUCGACCCGCUAGCAGUCUACAUCAAUGGCUUCAUGUCGAAAUCGGAGAUCGCCUAUCUACGAAAUCUCCUCACUCAUCUUGCCAGGGAUGACCCCAUGGUUGAAUGCAUUAUCAAACGAUCAACCGAUUUCGUUGGUUUCAUUCCGCAUGAUGGAUUUGAAGCCCUCCAGGUUGUUCGGUACUUCGAGAAUGAGCGCCAUGAUCCUCACUUUGAUUGGUUCCAAUCCCCUCCUAAGAUUGCAUCUGGCUUGACUUGCAACCGAGCAGCCAGCUUCUUUGUUUACUUGGGCGACGAGCCUGAGGGCGGAGAGACUUGCUUCCACUAUCUUUAUCCUGCUCCUCCAGAUGCGGAUCCUAAGAAGUUCAGUAACAUCAACAGCGAUGAUGGGCUUGGUGUCGCUGUCAAGCCUAUAACUGGGAAUGCUAUGUUUUGGAUGAACCUCUACUCGAACAAUACGGGAGAUCCUCGAGUGCAACAUUCGGCGCUUCCAAUCCGAUCUGGUACCAAGUAUGGUAUGAAUAUCUUACUGAAGCGAUGCUGGGAAUAA